AUGGUUAAGUACUCUUGGGAACCUAAAGAUGAGGACGAAAGUAAGACAUGCAAGGCUCGAAUUCCUUACUUACGUACACAUUUCAAAAACAUGCACGAAUGUGCUUGUGCCGUUAAAGGAAUGACGCUUCAGCGAGCACAAACAUAUUUGAAGAACGUUAUUGAAAAGAAAGAAAUCAUCCCUUUCCGUAAAUUCAAUGGUGGUGUUGGUCGACACGCUCAAGCGAAAGUUUGGAAGACAACUCAAGGUAGAUGGCCCAAAAAGUCUGCACAGAUGCUUCUCCAACUUUUGCACAAUGCCUUCAGCAAUGGAGUAUACAAGGAUAUCAAAGGAGGUGAAGCCAGUCGUCUGUACAUAAAACACAUUCAGGUCAAUCAAGCUCCUAAAAUGCGACGUCGCACAUACCGUGCCCAUGGUCGGAUCAACCCAUAUAUGUGUUCACCAUGCCAUGUAGAAGUUAUCCUAGCCACAAAAGACGACAUCGUUCCUAAAGUCGCUGCAGCCACUCCACAGUUAGUCAAGAAGAAGGAGUCAAAGAAGAAAAUGAAACGACAGAUGAUGAAAGAGAAUGCUGGUUAUUGAUUUGUCUAAUACACGUUCCCCGGAUUA